AUGGGCGCCUUCCAAAACCGCUUUGGCGUUAUAUUCGGCCGCCUUAGUGUCGUCUCCGGCGCCAUCUUUAGAUCCGGCGGCCCAAGCGGGAGGGAGGGUCGGACGGACUCUUCCAGGACUCUGCGCAGAAGGGCUCUCCGCCGGAUCCCGAAAGGUCCGCAGCACCGGAGCAUGCGCAUUGCAGCACUAGCACGGGGCAAACUGGUUGCUCAUUCCACCGGUAAGGGGGGCGGGGGACCUUCUGUGACCUUUCCAGUUCCGAGCACUGCUAGCGGCGGCGCCAGAGCUCAGAUUGCGGCGAAGCCUGCCGCCAAAGUCGAGUCCCCGAUUCUGAAGCCCAGGGCUGACGCUGGCGUUACCAAGAGGACUAUUCGGGAGUAUUUGAGGGGCAUGUUUGCAAGGAAGGCUAAGGCUAAGGCCAAGUCCGAGAUGGAAGAGGCGGAGGAAAUAAAAGAGGAGGAUCAGGAUUUUACCACGAUUGGUGCUAUCGCGACUAUGACCGAGACACAAAUUCCGAACCCUUCAACAGCCUAUCCCCCAUCUCUAAAACUCCCAAACAUUGCGAUCCAUGCCAUGACCUCACCUACCAUGCCUAUGGAGGUAACCACCCCCACGAAUGCUGGAAAGGCCCGGCGCACAAGGACCCCCCGCAAGAUCCAACAAGGUCCACGUCGCCGGAGUGUGCGCAUUCUCGAGUCAGCCCAGAGGUCCAAGCAGGGUAAAUUAGCUGCCGGUGCCACCGCCCAGGCGAGCGGCCUUCCUGUUACGGCCGCUCCAACUACCAAGAAGACUAAUACGCGGGAUCAAAUUCCAGCAAAGGUUGUAUCCAAGACCAGGUUCCCAGUUCUGAAGCCCAGGGCUGGGGCGGGAGUCACAAAGAGGACCGUUACAGGGACUCCAGGUGGACAGAUUGUUUCGGAGGCUGAAACCCAGGCCAUGGCGGUGGAGGAGAAUAUUACGGCCACUACUACUAUUGCCGCAACUCCAACUGGGACUCAGGCCCUAGCUUCACCAUCGGUCCAUAACAAAUCUCCGGAACACUCAAACAUUGCGACAAACUUCAUGCCUGCCUCCAUCAUGCGCAGGAAACCUGCCACUACCGAAAAACUUACGAGGGCCCCACACACAAAGACCCCCCGCACAAAGACCCCCCACAAGGAACCGCAAGUUCCGCAGCGCCGGAGCAUGCGCAUUAUCGAGUCAGCGCAGAAGUCCACGCAAGAUCAGCAAACUGUGGGCUCUGGCGGGGAGGAAGUUGGGGGACAUAUUUCCGCCGCUUCGGUUGCAGACAAGACUGGAGCGCAGGGCACGAGUGGCUACAUUGCGGUGGAGGAGGCUAGUACUAAGGUUAAGGUGGAGAACGAGAGGGAGGAGUCCACGCGAAGAUCAGCAAACUAG